UUAUUUUAUUGAUUGUUUCUAGCAACCAGUAGUCAAACGGUAACUGUGUCAGGUCCUUCCAGAGCAGCAGCUGCCACUAACGUCCCACUCACGUGUACUGUGAAUGGUGGAACAGCUCCCUUAAUUCAAUGGAUAGAUGUUACUGGAGGCGGUUAUACACCUAUCUAUCAUGGACAAACCCGUUUCAGUACUUUAUCUAAAUACUUUAAUUUUAUUGUGACGUCACUAUCAGAAAUUGAAUCUGUGAUGACGAUUGAGAAUGCAGAAGUCGAGGAUGAUGGGGCGUAUAUAUGUUCUAUUCCAUCAGACGAAAAUGCCAGUCCUAUAAAUCUGGUGGUAGAAGCUGCAUCAACUUUGACAUUGACUCUGAUUAGUACCGUGACAAACGGUAAGGACAUGAACGUAGCAACAUGUGAUGCUGUUGGUGGCAAACCACAAAAUACUCUUACAUGGACCCUCAAUGGAGUUACACAGACUGAUGGCAAUGGGAACACGAUAGUGGAAACGAACCCACCAGCUACAGCACCUUUAUCUAACUCAAAGAGUGUGUUCACAUUUCCUGCAACUCUAGAGAACUAUGGACAGACCUUGGUUUGUCAAGUCUCUGGACAUCAGAUACCAGAGUUGAAUGGACAGGAAUCUACAGAUUUAAAUAUUCAUACCUCCCCAUCUGAUGCCGGUACCACUGUCACUGCAGAUUAUGCAACCCAGGCAACAAGCAUCACAGUGUCAUGUAACGCCAAAAACCAACCUAGCCCAGCCAUUCGAAACUACUACAUAUUCUCCAAUGGCACACUCUUACAUGAUUCUAUGGAAGGAGUCGACACUGUCUCUGUUUCAGAUCCUAUAGAGGGUACCAAUUACACGUGUUUAGCUGGCAAUUACCUUGGAAAUACGACACUAAGUGAAGGAGUAACAUAUGACCCUAGCAGUUUCGAAGAGUUUACGGAGUUGACCAGCCCCCAAUCCUCGUCGUCCAACCUGACCUCUCACAAUGUCCCCCAUCCGCAAACUGUCCUCCGCUCUAGAUAUUGCCUUAUCAGCAUCCCACUUGCGGCCAUGACGAGACUGUGGCUUGAUACUAGUGACAACAUUGUCUCGAUGUGUCGCAACUGA